AUGACGACAAAGAACAAGUAUCCCCUUCCGAGAAUAGACGACUUGAUGGAUCAGUUGCACGAUGCGUCGGUGUAUUCCAAGAUAGAUCUACGAUCAGGAUAUCACCAGAUCUUGGUGAAGGCAGAUGAUGUACAAAAGAUGACCUUUAGAUCCCGAUACGAACACUACGAGUAUGUGGUUAUGCCUUUUGGUGUGACCAAUGCUCCGGCUAUGUUUAUGAACUACUUGAACCGGAUCUUCUGGUCAUUCUUGGACAAGUUUGUCGUAGUCUUCAUAGAUGACAUACUCAUCUACUCCAGGACGCAGGAGGAACAUGCAGAACACUUGAGGUUAGUGCUUAGUGUUAUGAGGGAGAAGAAAUUAUACACUAAGCUGUCCAAGUGUGAAUUCUGGAUGGAUGAGGUGCAAUUCUUGGGGCAUGCGAUAUCUGCCCAGGGCAUAGCGAUGGAUCCAGCCAAGGUUGAGGCAGUGGUUAAGUGGGAGAGUCCCAAGUCAGCAACGAAGAUCAAGAGCAUUGUGGGUUUAGCUAGCUAUUGUAGGAGAUUCCUUAAGCGAAGGUUGACGAGUGCUCCCAUAUUGGUUAUCCCUGAUGUUGGUAAACCCUUUGAGGUUUAUUGUGAUGCCUCUCAUCUAGGGCUUGGCUGUGUGUUGAUGCAAGAGAAGAAGGCAGUGGUGUAUGCUUCGAGGCCACUUAAGGUGCGUGAGAGAAACUACCCCACUCAUGUCCUGGAGUUGGCAACUAUAGUGUUUGCCUUGAAGAUCUGGAGGCACUAUCUCUAUGGUGCCCAGUUUCGUGUAUUCAGCGACCACAAAAGCCUCAACAAAGUGGUGGCAGAUGCUUUGAGUAGGAAGGCAGUCUAUAUUGCACACCUAAUGAUCAAAGAGGUGGAGCUACUAGAGGAAUUCAGAGAUAUGAAGCUGCAUGUUGAGUUGGGAUCUGAGUUCAUUGGAUGUAAUACCCUAACUAUAUCUAGUGACUUCUUGAACUCAGUCAAGGAAAGACAAUUGUUGGAUGCCAGUUUGAAAAGAGUGAUAGAACAACUUGGAUCAUUUGAAGCGAAGGAUUUUACCUUGGGAAGUGAUGGUGUACGAAGGUUCCAGGAUAGAGUGUGUGUGUCUGACAAGGCCAAAACUCUACAGAGUGCUUUGGGUAGCAAGUUGACCAUGAGUUUGACAUAUCAUCCCCAGACCGAUUGUCGGUCUGAGAGGACAAUUCAAUCGCUUGAGGACUUAAUUAGAACGUGCGUGCUAGAUCAUCUGGGUGCAUGGGAUGAAGGUUUACCCUUGAUAGAGUUCACAUACAACAACAGUUUCCAUGCGAGCAUUGGUAUGGCGCCAUAUGAAGCUCUUUAUGGAAAGAAGUGUAGAACCCCUUUGUGUUGGUAUCUAGAUUGGGAAGCAGUACUAGUUGAACCAGAGUUAUUGGAACAGACUAUAGAGAAGUUGAGGAAGUAUGUCUUUCACCCAUCUCAUGUGUUGGAAGCCGAAGAUGUACAGAUCAUGGAGGAUCUCACUAUGGAGGAUCUCACUAUGGAGCUUGUUUUCGUGGUUCAUGUUAGGGUUCCCCGUAGUAACCCUGUUAUUCUUUCUAUGCCAUUGUUCUUAGCUCUCGAGUCUACUCCUGGAGUUGUUAGCUUGACUGAUGGUUUUUCCUGUGUUCCAAGUGAUAUGACACCUCCUCGUACAAAUCAUCAAUCUCAUCGGGUCGAUGCACCAAAUAUUGCAAGGGCAAUAGAGGUUAUGGUUCCAAGUAAUGCUAUGAUGCAGCAGCAUGAGGCUUCCAUGCAGUGUCAGGAAGCAUCUAUGGAGCAACAACAAUUGGUUAUGCAGUAG